AUGGGACAGCAGAGGGCGGUUAUCGCCGAUAAAAGCUUUUCCAUUCACUCGCAUACCAAUUUCAUUGAUUCCCUCCUUUUUAUCAAUCUUUCCUUUCUAAUGGCUUCACCUUCCUCUAAAAGGAUUAACUCAAGAUCUGAGUCACGUGAGCGGACGCUCGCCAUAAGGGAAGGGCAGAGAGAAAGGGCAAUAUUGGAAGGAGUUGCAAGAGGAAGGGAAGGACUGGGACUGAUAUCCCUUCAGCGAAAUAGCCACCACCUGACCGCCGGCCCUAACCCCUCCGACCACUGCCUUGGAACGGAUUAA